CGGCUUCCCGGCCCGGGAGGCGCAGGCAAGCAGGCAGGAUGGCGGCGGCAUCAGCAGCCUCCGCGUCUGCAGCGUCGUCUGCGGCCGGUGCCUCCGAGAAGGAGGCGAGUCAGCAGAGCAGCCUGGGCGCCUACUCGCCCGUCGACUACAUGAGCAUCACCAGCUUCCCCCGCUUGCCCGAGGAGGAGCCCGGCGGCGGUGCCCCCGAGAGCUGCCUGCGCUCCAGGAAGGAGGAAGACGCGUUCCUGGCCGAGCAGGACACGGAUCCAGAUUCCUUCUUAAUAGCUCGCCUUCAGCGCCUGCCUUCAUCUUCAUCGGAAAUGGGCAGCCAGGAUGUCUCACCCCUCCGGGAGACCAGCAAGGACCCAUUCUGGGACUGCAGCUGUCGCCAGGACGGUCUGACUGUGAUCAUCACCGCCUGCCUAACGUUUGCUACAGGAGUCACGGUGGCCUUAAUCAUGCAGAUCUACUUUGGAGACCCACAGAUAUUCCAUCAAGGUGCCGUAGUCACCGAUGCUGCUCGCUGCACAGCACUGGGGAUCGAGGUAUUGAACAAGCAAGGCUCCUCCGUGGAUGCAGCCAUCACCUCAGCCUUAUGCUCAGGAAUCAUCAACCCUCACACGGCCGGCAUUGGUGGUGGAGGAGUAAUGCUGGUCCAUGACAUCAGGAAGAAUGAGAGCCGGGUGAUUGAUUUCCGAGAGACGGCCCCUUUCAGCAUCCAAGAAGAGAGCCUUAGGAAGGCUUGGGAAACAAAGCCAGGUCUUCUGGUUGGUGUUCCAGGCAUGAUCAAAGGACUCCACGAAGCACAUCAGUCUUACGGGAGACUGCCAUGGAGACAGUUGUUGGGCCUUGCUGCAGAUGUGGCCCAGGAUGGAUUCAAUGUCACACAUGAUUUAGCAAUGGCUAUAAAAGAAAUGAAGGAAGAGCAAAACUACUCAGAUAAAUUCAGAGAGACCUUCCUCCCAGAUGGCCAGCCCUUGUUGCCUGGCAUGUUUGUGAGAAGACCAGACCUGGCUGCUCUUCUUGACUUGCUUGGGUCGGCAGGGGUCUCAGCUUUCUACAGUGGAAAUGUAACACAAGAGAUUAUUUCAGAGGUCCUUAACUUUGGAGGCACCUUGUCUGAAGAAGACUUCAGUAACUACACUGUCUUGGUGGAAAAUCCAGUACACACAGUAUAUCAAGGUCACCUUGUUCUCAGUCCAUCACCUCCACACGUAGGUCCUGCCCUGAUCACAGCUCUGAACAUCCUUGAGGGUUUCAAUAUCACCAGUCAGGUAGCCAGAGAAAAUAUUCUCCACUGGAUAACAGAGACACUAAAAGUCGUAUUGGCACUAGCUAGCAGCUUGGGGGACCCUUUCUAUGACGUGUCCAUUUCUCACAGCGUAGAAGACAUGAUGAGUAAAUCCAAGGCAAAUUUCCUGCGUCAACAGAUUGACUCUCAGUCUUUCCCUUCUGAUCAUGGCAUUCCACAUUUCUCCAUGGAAAGUGGACCCUCUGCAAGUCAGGUCCUUGUCAUGGGACCUGAUGACUACAUUGUUGCAGUUGUAAGUUCCUUGAACCGGCCAUUUGGAAGUGGAAUAAUGACUUCUUCUGGAAUCCUUCUAAACAGUCAGAUGCUGGAUUUUUCUUGGAUGAAUGAAACAGAAGGACAUUCAUCUUCUGGCUUGAGGAACUUUAUUCAGCCUGGGAAAAGGCCACUGUCUUUCUUGCUACCCACUGUUGUCCGGCCAUCAGAAGGGAUGUGUGGGACUUACCUUUGUUUGGGAGCCAAUGGUGGCGACAAAGCUUUGAGCAGCAUAACACAGGUUUUAGUAAACGUUUUGACCUUCAACAAGAACCUGAGUGAGAGUCUUUCACUAGGCCGGCUUCAUCCGCAACUUCAGUCUAAUAUCCUGGAGGUUGACGGUAAGUAUGGAUCACUGAUCUUUGAAGUCUGGACUUCUAUUAUUUCACUUCUGUGAUUUCAGACACAAGUG